CUGGAGGACGCCAGCUAUCCUAUGUACAUAGGCUUACCCCAUUUGAACUAGGGGCGCUGCUUCAAGCCAUCGAACGAAGAUACAGAUAGAUGUCCCCUCGCCGUUGUAUUGUCCAAGUGUUACCAGAUCGCAGUAAUCCGGAUUCAAUCAAUAAAGCGGUGGAAGGUCAGUUUCCCGCUAUAUUCUGGUCUCGCUAUAUUCUUAGACACACGUUAAACAUAUCCAAUAAUAAUGCAUAUUCACACACUCCCUUUGCGGUUUUUUUUCUUCCUUCGAUACUCCACCGCCCCCUUCACCCAAAACCAAAAACCAAAACCACAAUCACACAUACACCGAGUCCAUUCCCACCAAGUACAAAUCCAGACAACUCCCUCCAAAUUCUUGAGUCUCCGUGCACCCUUUCCAUCUCCAUACGAGUCUUUUCCUUCCCCAACCCGACUUUUCAUACGUAUUCUCCUAUUCUUAAUGCCUUUGCACUGGUGCUUGUGCUGGGGCGUGUGCGUUUCCCAACCGCAUCCAUCCCUCCAUUCAAAUGCGGCUUCCUUGAGAACUGGAUACGGAGGAUUAAACCUCAGACCUUCGAGUGGGAUCAAUCAGGUGGAAGUUGUGGACCCGAUGAGGGUGACUUGGUGACGAGUCGCUAUACAAAUCCAUAUCCCCACUAUACUGCCCCCCCCGGCUUUCCCUCCUCCUCCACUCCCACCACCACCCCUAGUGGACACCAGAGACAACCACCCAAAUACACACCAGAACCAGAAGACAACACCCGAAUUUAAACGGGUAGUCGAUGGGCCGACUAUAGUUACUCUCAGUGAUCCUGUCGAAAAGGGAAAACAUGAGAUCUAUGUGUAUAACUAAGGAGUCUAUGUAGCCAGAGUACUUCGGUACACAUCCCCCCCUGUAUGAACAGUACAGUAUUAGUAAGUAUAGCAAGGACACCAAGGGCUGGACUAGGACCAAUGAAUCAGGGAUCAAGAAUUGUAUGCCAUUGAGGACAUUACACUACACUACACUACAUACUUUCUAUUUUCUAGUAAUACACUUUGGUUUAGUAGCCUCUAGGAGGUACCGCUGAAACAACAGGACGUUUCAGCAUUGCAUUUGGGUCUCU